GGCUGUCACGUACCAGCCUCUUAAUUCUGGGAAGUUCCCGUGCCUUUGGUGUUGAAUAGAGGUGGAGAAAGAGUCCGAGCUCUCAUUUGCAGAAGCGGAGGGCCAGGAUAAGAGAUUUUGAUAUUUUUGGAGAUAUUCUGAAUUUUAUGUGGGGAAAUUGUCCUGCCGUUCAGAACAGGAUCAAAGGUUCAAGAGUGUGCAGUGAAGAAGCGUGUCUUUAGUUAUGACGAACCCUUAUGCACACAUCAUUGAGCCUCUGGACCCCCAGAAGCCUGACCACAAGUUCUUCAACCUUAAAAAGCUUAAGGACCCCAGAUAUGACCAGCUUCCCUUCUCCAUCCGUGUGCUGCUGGAGUCUGCAGUGAGGAACUGUGAUGGGUUCCUGGUGAAGAAAGAGGAUGUGGAGAAAGUCCUCAACUGGAAGGUGACGCAGAGUCAGACCGUGGAGGUGCCUUUCAGACCGGCUCGCGUCAUCUUGCAAGACUUCACGGGUGUUCCUGCAGUGGUCGACUUUGCAGCCAUGCGUGAUGCAGUGAAAAAAUUACAGGGCGACCCGGAGAAGAUUAAUCCAGUCUGUCCGGCAGACCUCGUCAUAGAUCAUUCCAUUCAGGUUGACUUCAACAGGAAGUCUGACAGCCUUCAGAAAAACCAAGACCUUGAAUUUGAAAGGAACCGAGAACGAUUUGAGUUUUUAAAGUGGGGUUCUAAAGCAUUCCGGAACAUGCGGAUCAUUCCUCCGGGCUCAGGAAUAGUCCAUCAGGUCAAUCUGGAAUACCUGGCCAGGGUGGUGUUUGAGCGCGAUGGUUACUACUAUCCGGACAGUCUGGUGGGAACGGACUCCCACACUACCAUGAUUGAUGGGCUGGGAGUGCUGGGCUGGGGUGUUGGAGGUAUCGAGGCAGAGGCAGUCAUGUUGGGUCAGCCGAUCAGCAUGGUGCUGCCAGAGGUCAUUGGUUACAAACUACAAGGGACACCCACCAAAUUUAUCACCUCCACUGACAUAGUGCUUACUGUCACCAAGCAUUUGCGACAAGUUGGUGUUGUUGGAAAAUUUGUGGAGUUUUUCGGCCCUGGUGUUGCUCAGCUGUCUAUCGCUGACCGUGCUACUAUCGCUAAUAUGUGCCCUGAGUAUGGAGCCACCGCUGCCUUCUUCCCUGUAGACCAGAUCAGCAUUCAUUAUCUGAAUCAGACGGGGAGGGACACAGAGAAGCUGAAUUACAUAGAAAAGUAUCUGAGAGCAGUGGGCAUGUUCAGAGACUACAGCAACACAACUGAGGAUCCACAGUUCACUCAGGUUGUUGAGUUGGACCUAAGUGCGGUCGUCCCCUGCUGCAGUGGUCCCAAGCGGCCACAUGACAAAGUGGCUGUGUCCGAGAUGAAGCAGGACUUUAAAACGUGUUUAGGGGCCAAGCAAGGCUUCAAAGGAUUCCAGGUGGCUCCUGAGCGUCAUGAUGUUCAAGUGCCUUUCCAGUUUAAUGGAGCGGAGUAUUCCCUGUCUCACGGAUCCGUGGUCAUCGCAGCCAUCACCAGCUGCACCAACACCAGUAACCCCUCCGUCAUGCUGGGAGCAGGUCUGUUGGCGCAGAAGGCUGUAAAGGCUGGUCUCAGUGUCAAGCCGUACAUUAAGACCAGUCUGUCUCCAGGCAGUGGAGUGGUCACAUACUACCUCAAAGAGAGCGGGGUCAUGGACUUCCUCUCACAGUUAGGUUUCGAGGUUGUUGGUUACGGCUGCAUGACCUGCAUUGGAAACAGUGGACCCCUUCCAGAGCCGGUUGUAGAAGCGAUUACUAAAGGUGAUUUGGUUGCUGCGGGUGUCCUGUCUGGAAACAGGAACUUCGAGGGUCGCGUCCAUCCCAACACACGGGCCAAUUACCUGGCCUCUCCUCCUUUGGUCAUCGCCUAUGCUAUAGCAGGCACAGUGAGAAUAGAUUUUGAAAAAGAGCCUUUGGCCGUGAACUCUCAGGGAAAAGAGGUUUUCCUGAGGGACAUCUGGCCCACGCGGGAGGAGAUCCAGGCGGUGGAGAGACAGUUUGUCAUUCCUGCCAUGUUUAAGGAGGUCUAUGAGAAAGUUGAGAAAGUGAAUGAACGCUGGAACUUACUGAAAGCUCCUUCUGACAAGCUGUAUACCUGGGAUCCUAAUUCUACUUAUAUUAAAUCCCCUCCUUUCUUUGAUGGACUGACCCAGGAGCUGCAGACACCAGCCUCCAUAACAGAUGCGUAUGUGCUGCUCAAUUUGGGAGAUUCUGUGACCACGGACCACAUCUCGCCUGCAGGAAACAUUGCUCGUAACAGUCCUGCGGCACGAUACCUGACCAACCGCGGACUCACCGCGAGGGAGUUUAAUUCAUAUGGUUCUCGUCGAGGGAAUGAUGCAGUCAUGGCUCGAGGCACAUUUGCCAACAUCCGCCUUUUUAACAAGUUUAUAAACAAGCAAGCACCAAGUACCAUCUACCUUCCUACAGGGGAGACGAUGGAUGUUUUUGACGCGGCAGAGAAAUAUCAGCAGGCUGGUCAUCCUCUCUUGAUUCUGGCGGGUAAAGAGUACGGAUCGGGAAGCUCUAGAGAUUGGGCGGCUAAAGGGCCCUUCCUGCUGGGCAUCAAAGCGGUUCUAGCGGAGAGUUACGAGCGCAUCCAUCGCAGUAAUCUGGUUGGGAUGGGCAUCAUCCCUCUGGAGUAUCUGCCCGGUGACAGCGCUGAAAGCCUGGGGCUCAGCGGCCGCGAGAGAUACACUGUGGUCAUUCCUCCACAGAUCACGCCCAGAAUGACUGUCGACAUCAAGCUGGACACAGGGAAAGUGUUUCAGGUUAAGAUGAGGUUCGACACAGACGUGGAGCUCACUUACUUCCAUCACGGCGGCAUCCUCAACUACAUGAUCCGCAAGAUGUCCCAAAACUGACCCAGUCGGAGCGCACAUCAUCCACCAUCUGGAUGCUUGUUUUGGUUUUCUCUUUUACGAACCAACUAAUGUGUUGUUUAGUUACAGUUAUGUUUGAAAUAUGAUGCAUAACGUUACGUGCUGCGAUAUUCUAUGUGCUGUGCUUGAUUUUGAAGCUGUGGAUGAAACUGUGUGAGGUUUACACGAAAGCAUUACAUGUCUCUGUUAUUCAUCUUAUUAAUUACUGUACUUACACUAAAUGUUGAACGUAGUACUUAACAAGUUAUCCGCUCAUGAAAAUGUGCACUGCUGUUAUUUUGUUUUUUUGUUAGUUAUUAUAGUAUAAACAUCAUGCAUGUGAUUUAUUUUAAUUUUUUUUAAGAUGUACUAAUGAUUCCUUUUUCAUUGCCCAUUAAUUUUCUUUCAGAAGAGUCAUGUAAUGGUAAUGCAUUAACUUUAGACUGAAAUACUGAAGUUGCAUCAGAUAAAUCCCUUUAACAGCUGUCUGAUAUCAAAUCAAAAUAUGAAAGUGCCUAUGUUUUCUCAUAUUGUGUGUCUAAUCUCUUGAAAAAGCCCGUGCACGUUUCAUUCCAGUCUUUAUUUCUUAUGCAUCUCUACUCAGAGCUGGGUUGUAACUGAUUACGUCAUCUGGAUUAUGUAAUCAAAUUAAAACAAAGGAAGCUCUUGUUAUUAGAUUAAAUUGCAUUUUCAAGGCUUCUGUCUUUCGAACACAUUAAAAUGCACAAAUUCACACUAUUUCUUAUUUGCAUGUAAUACAGGGAUUUUUUUUUUUGUCAGCAAAACCUCUUUCUCCCAAUGUAUUAACGUGAUGUACCCCUUAGAUUUAAAGGCAAUAAAUUUAUAAUUAUGUAACACAUUUGCAUGUUCACGGUUUUCUGGCAUUAAACUCCCGAAGCCCCCGAAACCUCAGUUUGAGAAACAUUGAUGUAAUGUUUAAUGCAUUCCAUGUUAAUUAUGACAUAGUGCAGGAUUAUACUAUUUAAAUCAAUGUGAUAAAUGAGUUAAGUAAUCUUAAAGUAGUCAGGCAGUUGUUUUAUAAUGUGGAGCUUAACUGAAAUGCAUUACUGUUUUUUUCUUCUCUCUUUUACUUUAAUCAUAUUCUUUGUGAAACCCUAAAAUCAGCAAUCUUCAGGAAACUUUAGUGAUUUUUGCCUCACUCUUAUACUUCAGCAGUGCGACUGAGCUUUAUUUUAAGAAAAACGCUCACGUCUAUAGUUUUGUGGAAACAAAAAUAAAUGUUUAUUGGAAAAUGUU